UCCGGGAGAAGUACGGCGCGCGACGAGGGCCCUUCCAGGCCGCUGGCCGGCUGGCUGACGCGGCCGCGGCCAUGGACUACUCCAGGUUCCUGGCCGAGGACUUCGACGUGAAGGAGUGGAUCAACGCGGCCUUCAGGGCCGGCCCCAAGGAGGCGGCGGCGGGGAAGGCGGACGGGCACGCGGCCACGCUGGUGAUGAAGCUGCAGCUCUUCAUCCAGGAGGUGAACCACGCCGUGGAGGAAACGAGUCACCAGGCCCUUCAGAACAUGCCCAAAGUGCUCCGUGAUGUCGAAGCCCUUAAACAGGAGGCGUCUUUUCUGAAAGAACAAAUGAUUCUUGUCAAGGAGGACAUUAAAAAGUUUGAACAGGACACAUCGCAGUCAAUGCAGGUGUUGGUAGAAAUUGACCAGGUGAAGUCCAGGAUGCAGCUUGCCGCCGAGUCCCUGCAGGAAGCAGACAAGUGGAGCACGUUGAGUGCUGACAUUGAGGAGACAUUCAAGACUCAGGACAUAGCCGUGAUUUCCGCCAAGCUAACAGGUAUGCAAAACAGCUUAAUGAUGCUCGUGGACACACCGGACUACUCAGAAAAGUGUGUGCACUUGGAGGCCUUGAAAAACAGGCUGGAGGCCUUGGCCAGUCCCCAGAUCGUUGCAGCGUUCACCUCGCAGUCUGUAGAGCAAUCCAAAGUGUUUGUGAAGGUGUUUACUGAAAUUGACCGGAUGCCCCAACUCCUUGCGUACUACUACAAGUGUCACAAGGCGCAGCUUGUAGCAGCUUGGCAAGAGCUGUGCCAGAGCGACCUCCCCCUGGAGCGGCAGCUCACCGGACUCUACGACGUCUUACUCGGAGCUUGGCACACGCAAACCCAAUGGGCUACGCAGCACGAGGAUGGAGACAGGCCUGUCCAUGUGUACAGAUGUUCUUCACCAUCUGAGAACAAGGAUCUAGACUUCCCAGACUGUGUUCAGGCCUCAUCCACAAUUCUAUAUCCUCUGGUUUUCAAGAACCCCUACGAGGUGGUGACUGUGCUGCUGAUUCAGACCCUGGGGGACUUGGCACCCUCUCUGCCCAUGUGCCUGGGCUCCAGUGUGGAGCGGGCGGGGCCCGAGCUGGAGCUCCCCAAGCUGCUGGAGCUGUACGCUGCCACUGCCCACUUUGCCAAGGGGCUGGAGAUGGCCCUGCAGCCCCACUCAGACGAGCACAACCCGGUGAAAGUCAUGGAGCUGGUGGGUGCUGUUUACGGUCCGUACAAACCCUACCAGCUCAGGUACGGCGAGAUGGAAGCCCAGAACCUCCUCAUCCAGAUCAGUGCGGUGCCUCUGGAGCAUGGGGAAGUCAUUGACUGCGUGCAGGAGCUGAGCCACUCUGUGAGCAAGCUCUUCGGCCUGGCAUCCGAGGCUGUUGACAGAUGUAUCCGAUUCACCAACGGCCUGGGGACCUGCGGCCUGCUGACAGCCCUGAAAUCCCUCUUUGCCAAGUAUGUGUCUGACUUCACCAGCACUCUCCACUCGAUCCGCAAGAAGUGCAAGCUGGAUGACAUUCCUCCCAGCUCCCUUUUCCAAGAAGAUUGGACGGCCUUUCAGAACUCCAUUAGGAUAAUAGCCACCUGCGGAGAGCUCUUGAGGCAAUGUGGGGACUUCGAGCAGCAGCUGGCAAACAGGAUUCUGUCCACGGCCGGGAAGUACCUGUCUGACGCCUACAGCCCCCGGAGCCUGAGCGCGGUUCACGACAGCAUCCUGACGGACAGGAAGAGCUCUGCCAAGAACCCGUGGCAGGAAUAUAAUUACCUCCAGAAGGACAGCCCUGCCGAAUACGCCAGCUUAAUGGAAAUGCUAUAUACCCUCAAGGAGAAAGGGUCCGGCAACCACAACCUGCUGUCUGCCUCCCGAGCAGCCCUGACUCGGCUCAACCAGCAGGCCCACCAGCUGGCCUUCGACUCAGUUUUCCUGCGCAUCAAACAGCAGCUGCUGCUCAUUCCCAAGAUGGAAAGCUGGAGCACCGCGGGCAUUGGAGAGACCCUGACGGACGCCCUGCCCACCUUCAGCCUCACCCCCCUGGAGUACAUCAGCAACAUCGGGCAGUAUAUCAUGUCCCUUCCUCUGAACCUGGAGCCGUUUGUGACUCAGGAGGACUCUGCCUUGGAGCUGGCGCUGCACGCGGGAAAGCUGCCGUUCCCUCCCGAGCAAGGGGAUGAAUUGCCCGAGCUGGACAACAUGGCUGACAACUGGCUGGGCUCGAUCGCCAGAGCCACGAUGCAGACCUACUGUGACGUGAUCCUCCAGAUCCCCGAGCUCACCCCGCACUCCACCAAGCAGCUGGCCACUGACAUUGACUACCUGGUCAACGUGAUGGACGCCCUGGGCCUGCAGCCCUCCCGCACCCUGCAGCACGUCGGGACGCUGCUGAAAACCAAGCCCGAGGACUACCGGCAGGUCAGCAAAGGCCUGCCCCGGCGCCUCGCCGCCACGGUGGCCGCCAUGCGGAGCGUGGACUACUGACCCCCGCGCGGCUGAGAGGAGGGCGGGGCUGCGGCCCGGGCCCGGCAGCUCUUCAGAGAGGCUUUGCUCUAAAACUGCCCGGAUUGGGCAGAAUUGGUUUUAAAAAGGCUUUCAUUUGUGAUUAAAAAAAACACCCCCAAACAUUGUAAAUCAGAGGUUUAUUUAUUAGAGCGGUAUUUUCAGAUGAUUUUUUUAAAUGACCCGAUCUGGAAAGUGGAAUUAAUAAAUACAGUGAAACGCAA